AUGGCUACAGUGGACAGUCAUUUGGGGAGGCUCACUUUGCCCUCCCUCCUCCCCGAUGGCUCCAACUUCAAUCAUUGGAAGCGGAUGGUGGUCCUCACCUUCCAAAUUGUGGGCAUCGUCGACGCUCUUGGUGAUUCCGCGCUCACAUCCUCAUCCGCCUCUUCCUCUACCAAUGCUCCGGCCUCCACGGCAGAUGCUGCGCCAGCAGCUCCAUCCCACCCGGCUCGCCCGGCUGCUACUACCCCUGCCCUUGCAGCAGCAGAACAAGAACAGCGUGCCUUGCUGUACCUUCUCUCCACGCUUCCCAUGCAGCUCUCGAUGUCUAUUUCUCCAACCGAGACCGCUGCCGGCACCUCUACCACUUCCUGCCGCUAUUGCAAGGCUGCUGGUCACGCCAUCACCACUUGCCCUCAACUCGACAAGAAGAAGCGCACGCAGCAACUACAGCAACAGCACCAAUCGCCAUACCUGCCGCAGUCUACAUACCAACCACAGUCGCAGCCGUACCAGCCCCAACAGCCACAGCAGAUGCCGUUCCGUUCCCUCUCUCAAAGCUCGCCCAACAAGGCAGCUGCACACACCGCCCUCCCACCUCUGGCAUAUCCUGCUCACCUGGCCCAGCCUCUCCUUCCCUCUCCUACCUCUGACGCUACCUCACCAGCACUCGCGGCUUCUCAUGUGUCAUCCACGCCACUGUCAUCUUCGAUUGAUUCUCGCUAUGCCGAUGUCGCCGCCGCGCACUUACUCCCUACCUCUUGGCUGCCGUCCCUCCCAUCGCUACUACUCCUCAUCUCCUUUCUCCUCUACCUUUUCUCCAUCCUGCUCCAGCGGCCUCUCGCCUCCGUCCUCACCAGCUCUCCUUCUUCCUCCUCCUGGCUCCUUGACUCCGGCGCAUCCUCGCAUCUCUGCAAUGAUCCUCAUCUAUUUUCCUCCCUCCGUCAACCAUUUCCUGGUAGUGGCGUCCGGUUUGGUGGUGGGGAGCAGUACCCUGCCCACGGCAUUGGGGACAUUCUUGUCUACGCCCGUCACAACAACCAUACCCAUCCUAUCACCCUGAAGGAUGUCCUAUACAUUCCCCAGACUGCUCAUAAUAUCAUCUCUGUUCGUAAGCUGAAAGACGAAGGACUCACUACCCACUUCCCUCUUCAUGCUCCUCCCCAAGUGUUCCGAGGCUCCACGGUUCUUGCUGUCGCCCAUGAGCACAUGAAGCCGUUCUUCGUUUCUCUCAGCCCUGCCUCAUCUUCGCAGCCGGCCACGGUCUCUACUGCAUCAGCACCUCCUCCUCUUGUUCCCGCAUCCUGCUCUGCAGCUUCAUCUCUUCUUUGGCAUCGGCGAUUCGGACAUCUCAACGGACAAAGCUUGCAGCAGCUUCAUUCCAAACAGAUGGUCAGCGGCAUCAGCCUCAACGGUUCCCUGCCUUCCACCUGCAUUUCGUGCCUUCGUGGGAAGCAAACCCGCCAGCCAUUUCCAGACUCUACCUCGUCCAGCUCAGCCCCACUUGACCUGGUUCACACUGAUGUCGCUGGACCAUUUCCCAUCGGCACCACGUUUGGCGGGGCCACCUAUCUCCUCACAUUCAUUGACGUUUACAGCCGCUAUACCACUGUCUACCUUCUCAAAUCCCGCUCUGAACCUUUCACCCUUCCCACUUCCCUUCAGAAGCCAGCCUCCACACCCACUUCCUCACCUCUUUCUUUUUCCUCCUCUUCCAACCCCGAGUGCCCAAGACUUUCAGCUCAACUUCUCUGA